UAUACAAGAAAAGGCUGCAGGUUUGCUGGGCAUUUCAUUUUAAGGUCAUUGCUGGCUUAUGUGUGUAUUAAUAUCAAGAUUUUCUGUGUGUGUAUGGGAGAUAAAGGUUGAUGAGGCUGGUCUUGGCCCUCGUGACUUUAUCUCAUGUUUCCAUCUCAUCAUCACUUUCAGUAAGAGCUUCCUCUUACCUCGUCUCUCUGCCAUAUGAGCACUUCAGCAACACACUUGAUACUCGCCCUUUAUUCACUUUGAUUCUCCUGGAAACAGGUUGUUUUUUAAAUAACAGACUAAAGAAGCAGAUUUGGACUUAUUGUUUUUCCACACAGAGACGAUGGGAGCAUCAGGAAUAUCCAUUAAAGCGCACGCCAGCUGUCACCACUUUAAUUCCCCCUGUUCCCGACAGUAGGAAAAAGCUAUACACAGCUGGCAGCCCCCUUCUCAUUUCUGGUCCUCGAGCCCUUCUGGGACAGAGGCAAUAGGCAUUUUGUACGGCCCACUUUUAGACUCCAUUGGAUGGUGGGUUCUUGAAUGGAUGCAGAUCAAUGGAAACAGUAUGCGCAUACUCUAUUUGAAGACUGGGGGGGUGGUGUUUGUAAUACCCAAGGACAGUACACCUUCAAUGAGGAAUGAGGCUCAAUCCGUCAUCAGAAUUGACUCUGCCUCACAAUGGCUGACUGUGACCGGAUGCCCCAGGAUACAGGUUUUACCUUGAUCAUGUGAUGUGACUCCCCUGCCAGUUCGUUGCCAUCUCUCAUAGGGGCAUCAUGACCCGUCGGCUGAGUAGCUCCACUCGUUCCCACACCGAGGACUCCAUCUUCCUGAGGCCUGAUGAGGAUCCCGUUUGGCUAGACGAGCCCACAAAGACUGAAAAAAUUGGCGACGGAGCCCUUAAAAAAGACGGGCUCCUAGAAUGUAAAGAUGGAACCGCUGAGGGCCAAAACCCCCAAGAGGAAGUGUUUUUACGCAAGGUGUACACACUGGUGAUUGAACUCCACUGCUGGGCAGCACUGUUUAUCACUUCCCAAAUCUUGGGGUACUGGAUAUUUUUUGUGGUGGAUGGAAAUGGGCCACUCUCUUCCAUCUACAAAGCCCUGCAGGUCAUUGACUUCUACCUGGGGUUCAUCUUACCCUGCCACCCUAUUUUUGGAACGGAUUCAGUGGUGAUGAGGGAUGUGGUAAACACCACAGAGCACAAUUGGAUUGUUCAUGGCACUGCAGGCAUCGGCGUGGCCAUCUGUGUAGUCAUGAUCAUCCACCUGGUGUGCAAGUGGAAUUAUGGCUCUGGCUUGUGGUCAUCAGGAACUGUGUCGAGGGACAUUGGUGAUCGACGUCAGUCUGUGAGCCGUCAGCCCUCUUUCACCUUGUCAGAGUGGACAGAUGCCCAGGAGGAUCUGAUAGACCUGGACCCGGUGCCCCAGACUCCAGUAUUUGAUAUAGGUGCAGAUACCAGGACGGAGGGAGAUGCUGCCACCCUUACUGUCACACCAGUGGGGCUUCAGGAGAGGAGAGGCUCCAAUGUUUCCCUGACCUUGGACAUGUGCACACCAGGCUGCACAGAGCCCUAUGGCUACGGAGCCCAACUCUCUCCAAGAGACCAGUCGGCCCAGGAGUAUCUCCGACAGGGAACGCACGUCCUGACCCCUGCCAUGCUACACACAAGGGCCAUGGACGACCAGAGCCUGCAGGCUGAGUUUUAUGAAACUCCCAUGAACUUUGUGGACCCUAAGGAGUACAAUUACCCAGGGCUGGUGAGAAAGAAUCGCUACAAAACAAUUUUACCCAACACGCACAGCAGAGUGAUCUUGAAGUCACAGGAUGAAGAUGAUUUUCUUUUUACCUAUAUCAACGCUAAUUAUCUCAAAGGUUAUGGGGGCGAGGAGCGUGCAUACAUUGCUACCCAGGGUCCCACUGUGAACACAGUGGGGGAUUUAUGGAGGAUGGUGUGGCAAGAGAGGACCCCAAUCAUAGUGAUGAUCACCAACCUGGAGGAGAAGAAUGAGAAAUGUGCUGAGUACUGGCCCGAGGACACUGUGACACACGAAGGCAUCGAAAUCACUGUGGUCAAGGUGACCCAGGAGGAUGACUACAGUCUGAGGGUGUUUACUCUGAAGUGCGGGGAAGAGGAGCGCACUCUGCGGCAGUACUGGUACACUUCCUGGCCUGAUCAGAAGACCCCAGACAAGGCUCCACCCCUGCUGGAGCUGGUGCAGGAAGUGGAAAGGGCCCGUGAGGAAGCCCUGCCCUCCAGUGGCCCUAUAAUUGUCCACUGCAGUGCUGGAAUUGGUCGAACUGGCUGCUUCAUUGCCACCUCCAUCCUGUGCAAGCAGCUGAGGACUGAGGGUGUAGUUGACAUCCUGAGAACCACCUGCCAGCUCCGUCUGGACAGGGGUGGCAUGAUACAGACGUGUGAGCAGUACCAGUUUGUGCAUCACGUCCUGAGCUUGUAUGAGAAGCAGCUUUCUCAAACUGCUGAGGAGUAGAUGGAGCACAACAGCCACACCCAGACCGAGACACACCACUGUACACGUAACCGCCUCAGGUGGUAUGCACCACUGUACCUAACAUCAUCUCAAUCUCACCCUUUAACAAGUUCAAACCAUGUUAUUCUCUUCACUCAAGGCAGGGUCACUCAAACAGAACUGAAUCUGUGCUAAUUGUGCGUGGUUGAGUAGAACAAAUAUAGAGGAGGUGUGAUUUGAGAUAACUCACCUGAAAAUAGUAGUAACGCAGUCCCAUCGAUCCACAUGUUCUUGAUAAGUUGAAGCAGUCACACCUAAAAUAAUCCAAGCCAGCACUCUCGCCUUCAUUUCAUUUGCACUGCUAAGGUUUCCAUCACACCACUGCACAUUAGUCUCCGUCAUCGAGGCCUUGUUUUGCACUUGGUCUAAAACAGCUUCCUCGUGUAAUGAUUGUACAGUUAUCGAAAGGUUAGACUGGAAGUGAAGUAUAAUCAGAUGGCCUGCAGUGGUGUGACUUACCUGUAAGGAAAUGAAAGAAAGUAUGUGUUGACAAUAAGGGCCCUUUACAGUAUAAGUGCCAGCAUCGUUUAAAUCUACAGAGAUAAUCAAAUGCCAGCCUAAUAUUUAACUAUACUGAUAUAAAAGUUCAUAUGAAAUGUAAAAGUAAAUGACGUCUAGCCUUUUCUCUCAAUUUCAAUGUAAAAAAAAAAAAAAAAAAAAAUCAUUACAGAAGGCCUGUCUCAACUUUUGCUGCAUUCAAGAGUCACCUCAUCUUCAGGUUGCAUGGUGCUAAGUGUUCAUUAAAGGCAUGUGCAAUGUUAUGGAACAUAGGAAUGUAUAACGAUUAGGUUAUUAACUAACUAAUUAGGAUUUCUGUGCAAUCUACAGUAUUACAGUUUUACCAUGCUGCCUGUGCAGUCCUCAUGGCCCAUGAUGUUUACAGUAAACAACUUCUGCAUUAAGGCCACAUAGACGUUAACUCAGAGGCGUCACAGAGCCAGGGAUACUGAGGGGACAGAGGCCAGAAAUAGAAACACACCAUUAGAAAAAUCAAUGCAGGAGCUCCGGAGAAUCCAUUGUGCACAAUCGACGUUUCCAGUGACAAACACGGGAGGAUGUAAUGAAGAGGAAAGCAAAAAAAAAAAAAAAGUUGCAUAAACAAUACACCAUAAACAUAAGGAUAUUCUUGUAAAUGUCCAAUUUUCUAUCAUGAAGCUUGUUGCCCUCAGAGUUUCAAGUUCUGCAAUGCCUCUGCUUUAAACAGUAGCUUGAACACAUCUGUGAAGUAAGAAGCCCAUGAUUGUUGUAUAGACAGGCCAGGCCUAAUCUGUAUGAAGCACAAUAGACCAACAAAGGUUGUCUCUCCGAUGUUCAGCUGUAAAAGUUCUUUUUUCUGUAUUGUGUUUUGAUUGUGUUGAGUUUAAUGGAUUGCAUGUGCUGUAUGGGACUCCAUAGGUCCACAAUCAAAGCGACGUGAUUGGUUGUCCUGCUUUUUGUUGUGUAAAAGGGUUUAAGCCUAUUAUUAUUGCUUGCUCUCGGCCAAUGCUUUUGAUACAGUUUGCUUUUGUGAAACCAACCAGAGAUAUUUUUAGAACAUUUUGAUACAAUCCUUUCGAGUAGAUGCCUUGUGUAUAUUUCCGUUUACACCAUGAUGGAAUGUAGCUCAUACUGUGGAUCAAACCAUCGGUUUAUAUUGCAAGAUUUAACGGAACAAAAUGUGACAACUACCUAAGUUACCUUACAGUACAGAAGAUAAAUAGAUUAUGUUCAGUCUUCAGUAUUAUUACUUUAGGUCUUUAGGCUUUGCUUUAAUAUGCUUUGCUUUCUGUGUACGUUUUUAUCGUUUUCUUGGAGAAUUUUACCUCAGACUGAGUUUUCACACAGUCCCCACUCUAUUCUAUCUGUGACUCGAGGCCACUCUCAGUUGACAACACGAGAAAUAAUCGCUAUGUGUAAGGCAGCUAAAACAGUGAAGACAGUUUUCUACAAAAAGUCAAACAACUUCUAUCUUGACUAUCAUGACGCUUCAGAUCAGUGGCCCCGGACGUUAUCAGAGGAUGAACUUACCAGAGUGGGCUCGGACCGCUUUAUAAAUAAGACAUCAGCCGGGAGAAUAUAACUGCCAAAAUGACCUUUUACAGCAGCACCUGGUUGAGACAGACAAGAAAGGCUACAGUGUAUUGUCAGGCAUGUGACAUAAUCCUCUGAUAAUCUCCAGUCUACUUGAUUGAAAAGCUUCUAUUUUGAGUGUUUGUUGUCCGUGCUUACUUGGACUUCUUCUGAAGAUCAAAAUGGGGAUGACUUAAUAGCCAAACAGUCAGACGUACAACCAACCAGCAAUCAGUAUUCCUCUCCUCUGCUACAGUAUCGCUUUAAGUUGUGACUUUUUGCAUCCAAAUAAAGAUAGAUU